AUGGAUUGCAGCCAAGACACAACAUGCUACGGGGCGGCAUCUUCGGAGCCCUUUGAGCUGCACAGGAGCGGGCUUGUCCUUUCUGGCCCCGAGAAUCAGGCCAUUCGGUUGCUGAUACGCAUAUCUAGGGUUAGAUUCACUACGAUCAAUGAAUCAGGCGUGCCCUUCUUGGAUGAGUUGUUAAAACUCGCGAAAUCUCACCGGAGCAUUCGAACUGCCCUACUGGCACUGGCUGACCGUUUACGAGCCACUGUAUAUCCAUCAUCUACCUUUGACACGGUGGAUGGCGAGCAAUCUCAGCCGCAGCUAUGGUCCCCUAAGACAUCCUCUCUUGAGUCGUAUCAUGAUGCAUUGAUCGGCCUUCGAGAGAACAUUGCCUGUCUGCACAUCGUCGAAGCCAGCCACGAUGUUGCCCUCGAAGUCCUGGGCUCUGUAUUGCUUUUAACGAUAGCUGGCUUUCCCAGAAAUAUGCGGGCCGAGGGAGCCCAUGACUGGUCAUUCCAUGUGACUGGCAUGAUAUCAUUGAUUGAAUCCUUGGACACAGACGUUACAGGUGGCACCGGCCUAGGUCGGCUGGUCAAGGAAAUGGCCGCACAUCUGGACAUCGGCGUGUUCUCCCUGGGCCGCCCUGGAAAUAGCAGAAGAGCGUGGCUAGAAUGGAAUAUUUGUCCUCCCGGCACGCCCUGUGAAUCCGAUUUCUCUUCUCUGGAGGUUAUUGCGGGAUAUCCGAAGUCUCUGUUGACCAUUGUAGCCACCAUGUCCGCUGUGUUAGAAGAUAUGAAUCUGCCUGACUGCCCAGCUUCACUGCGAACCCUCGUCAGAAAGCUUUAUGACGCGACUUUGGUAGGCCAAGGAACUGGGUCAUCCGUACCUGGCCCAAUCGCCACCCCGACAGAUGACACCCAUGCACAAAUGUUGAAUAUGUUAGAGAUCGUGCUGGUUUUGUGGCGGCCGCCAAAUUUGCCCACUAGAAUUUCCAUGCCUGUUGCCUUCGCUCUGACAAGCGCAUGGGAGAUAAUGAGAAAGGCGGCGCUGCUCUACCUGUGGAGAGGUGGCUUCUGCACCAGCGUCUUUGUGCCGAUUUUCUCUGACAGAAAGGAUGUCACUGCAAAAUUCAUACGGGAAAUGCUCUUGGGAUUCAGAGCUCUACUCAAUCUCGUAGAUGAGCAACGCAUCACAAUAAUGAAUGUUAUGACAUGGCCUCUUCUAGUCGUCGCGAAUGAGUGCGGGAACAAUCCCGGUCUUCAGGGUGAGAUACUGUCGCUUCUGCAGCGGAUGCAACAGUGCUUCGGCAUAGAGCAUCUAACGCACUUAGCAACGCUGCUGCAGGAACUAUGGCGGAGAUUUGAGUCUUACAGUCACAGUUCUGGAAUGUUGAGCUGGUCGAGCAACUACCUCCAUCUUGACAAUUUGAGCAGAGAAUUUCAGCUUUGUUUACCACUGUUGUAG